GCGCGCGUGCACAGCUUUCAGAACCAAGGACAGCAUCCGCUUAGCCGGGAGCUGAAUUCAGCGUGAUCAGCCCCCACUCAAGCUACACGCACACUGCAGAUGUCGUGGACGAGGACGUUUAACACGGAAGGAAGAAGCAAGAUGUUUCUUCACAGCUUGCCUCUAAGAUGAGCGUGCUGAGCCAUCCGCAUUGCCGAUAAAUUCUCAGCUUUGUCAGUCUACCCACUCCUUUUUUGGGACCUUGCUAUACCUACAUCGCUCCCCGUUCACACCGCCCACUCGCGCCGUACCUGCAACCGACUGCCCAAGUCGCGCUGCCGUCCAGAAGCCGCUCAAGCCGAGCCGCUUGCACCGGGGAGAGAGGAGCGCGUGUCGGGGGCUUCCGUUUGACGGUGCUGCUGGCGCAAAUGAUGCGGCUUUUUCUGUUGGCGGUGCUCGUCUGGUGCUCGUGCGCGAGGGCCGGCUGCGAACCGAAAAUUGUCAACAUCGGAGCCGUCCUAAGCCAGAAGAGGUACGAGCAGGUCUUUAAAGAUGCGGUCACUCAAGCCAACCAAGUCUACGGACGGGACAAAUUCAAGCUCACGGCCAUCUCCGUCACUCAUAAACCGAACGCCAUCCAGAUGGCUCUGUCCGUGUGUGAAGAUCUCAUCUCCAGUCAGGUCUAUGCCAUCCUUGUGAGUCACCCACCCCAGUCCAAUGACCACCUGACUCCGACACCGGUCUCCUACACUGCAGGCUUCUACCGUAUUCCUGUGGUGGGGCUCACCACUCGCAUGUCUAUUUACUCAGAUAAGAGUAUCCAUCUGUCCUUUCUGCGAACCGUCCCCCCCUACUCGCACCAAGCGCACGUGUGGUUUGACCUGAUGCGCGAGUUCAACUGGAACCAUAUUAUCCUGAUUGUAAGCGAUGACCACGAGGGUCGGGCUGCUCAGAAGAGGCUGGAGACACUCCUGGAGGAGAGAGAAACCAAGAAUAAAAAAAGGAACUAUGAAAACCUCGACCAACUGUCCUAUGACAACAAGCGAGGACCCAAGGCAGAGAAAGUCCUCCAGUUCAGCCAGGAGACUAACUUAACGGCCCUGCUGCUGGAGGCCAAAGAACUGGAGGCCCGUGUUAUCAUCCUUUCUGCCAGUGAGGAAGAUGCCGCUGCUGUCUACAAGGCUGCCCGCUUCCUCAACAUGACAGGCUCAGGCUACGUGUGGCUGGUGGGCGAGCGUGAGAUGUCGGGUAAAGCGCUGAGCGAGGCGCCAGACGGUUUGAUCGGCCUGCAGCUCAUUAACGGGAAGAACGAGUCGGCUCAUAUCAAUGAUGCAGUGGCAGUGGUAGCACAGUCUGUCCAGGAGCUCUUUGAGAAGGAAAAUAUCACUGAGCCCCCAAGAGGAUGUGUGGGCAACACCAACAUUUGGAAAACUGGACCUCUCUUUAAAAGGGUACUCAUGUCAUCAAAAUACCCAGAGGGGCUCACGGGACGUGUGGAGUUCAACGACGACGGCGACAGGAAAUACGCCCACUACAGCAUUCUUAACUAUCAGAAGAGUCGACUCAUUCAAGUGGGCGUUUACAAUGGGACGCAGGUGGUAAUGAACAAUCAGCGCAAGAUUAUCUGGCCCGGCGGGGAGACUGAAAAACCACAGGGUUUCCAGAUGUCUACUCGACUAAAGAUAGUGACAAUACACCAGGAGCCAUUUGUGUACGUGAAACCGACUAUGCAAGAUGGAACGUGCAAGGAGGAAAUGACAUUAAAUGGAGUCUUAAUUAAAAAGGUUAUCUGCACUGGGCCCAAUGAGACCAUCCCAGGUAACACAUCAGGGCGCCCAAUAGUGCCGCAGUGUUGUUAUGGGUUCUGCAUUGAUCUGCUGAUCAAGCUGGCUAUGACCAUGAACUUUACGUACGAGGUUCAUCUGGUGGCUGAUGGGAAAUUUGGAACCCAGGAGCGGGUGAACAACAGCAACAAGAAAGAGUGGAAUGGCAUGAUGGGAGAACUCCUGGGGGGCCUGGCUGACAUGAUUGUUGCCCCGCUGACUAUUAACAACGAACGAGCCCAGUACAUUGAGUUUUCCAAACCCUUCAAAUAUCAAGGUCUUACCAUCCUCGUUAAAAAGGAAAUCCCUCGCAGUACGCUGGACUCGUUCAUGCAGCCAUUUCAAAGUACUUUGUGGCUGUUGGUGGGUCUUUCGGUACAUGUGGUGGCGGUGAUGCUUUACCUACUAGACCGGUUCAGCCCAUUUGGAAGAUUUAAAGUAAAUAGUGAGGAAGAAGAAGAGGAUGCCCUCACCUUGUCAUCUGCCAUGUGGUUCUCCUGGGGAGUGUUGCUGAACUCUGGAAUUGGAGAAGGUGCACCUCGAAGCUUCUCAGCGAGAAUCCUUGGUAUGGUGUGGGCUGGCUUUGCCAUGAUCAUUGUGGCUUCUUAUACUGCCAACUUGGCUGCUUUCCUGGUGCUGGAUCGGCCUGAGGAGCGCAUCACCGGCAUCAAUGACCCAAGGCUCAGAAACCCAUCUGACAAGUUCAUCUAUGCCACGGUGAAGCAGAGUUCCGUGGACAUCUACUUUCGGCGGCAGGUGGAGCUUAGCACCAUGUACCGCCACAUGGAGAAGCACAACUAUGAGAGUGCCGCCGAGGCCAUCCAGGCAGUGCGUGACAACAAGCUGCAUGCUUUCAUCUGGGACUCUGCGGUGCUGGAGUUUGAAGCCUCGCAGAAGUGCGACCUGGUGACCACGGGAGAGCUGUUUUUCCGUUCGGGCUUUGGCAUAGGCAUGCGCAAGGACAGCCCCUGGAAACAGAAUGUGUCCCUGGCCAUUCUCAGUUCUCAUGAAAACGGAUUCAUGGAAGAUCUAGAUAAAACCUGGGUGAGAUACCAGGAGUGUGACUCAAGGAGCAAUGCCCCAGCCACACUCACCUUUGAAAACAUGGCAGGGGUCUUCAUGCUUGUGGCUGGUGGCAUAGCAGCAGGGAUCUUCCUCAUCUUCAUUGAAAUAGCCUAUAAGCGCCAUAAAGACGCCCGCAGGAAGCAGAUGCAGCUCGCCUUUGCGGCCGUUAAUGUUUGGAGGAAGAACCUGCAGCCAUCUUCCUCUCUAGAGACUCAGGAUGAUAGAAAAAGUGGUAGAGCAGAGCCCGACCCCAAAAAGAAAGCCUCUUUUAGGUCCAUCAGUACCAACCUGGCCUCCAGCAUCAAGAGACGUAGGUCCUCCAAAGACACGCAGUACCCACCCACUGACAUCACGGGGCAACUUAAUUUGUCUGACCCGUCCGUCAGCACUGUGGUGUAGGGAGUGUGACCUCCCAAGCCAACUCGAAGCCGAAGGAGAGAGGAAACAAAAAGAGGAAGGUGACAUGGAAGGAGCUUCAUCUCCUUCAUCCUUUCACCGCCAGCCAGUGGAGUUUGUCGAGGAGUUGAGAACGUGGCUCAAAACACUCAACUUGCACCUUUCAAACAGUCAGGAUUGCCUGACCAUACAGAUAGACCUUUGUAAGAUCCCCGAGCAUGCACAGAGCCAUUCGAAUCUCAUAUAGAUUUUUUCCAUUUACAUACAAGUAUUACUACCUAUGUAUUUAAUCUUCUUUUCUGCCAUUUUAUUCAACAUACAGUAUUUACUUACAUAAUCUUUGUCGUUUAUUCCAAUUUCGUAACUGCCUUUCUGGUGCCGUUUAGUUACAACAAUGUAAAAGCCAAUUUUAAUGCCAGUACUGUAACACAUCACUACCAAGUAGAGUUUAUAAAUCACUAUUUAUAGACUUCAUAAUGCAUUGACGGGACCCGGGCGCGGGAAUGAAUCAUAAGGUGCCUAUCUCCGUCAAAGCUAACCGAGUGGAAACACAGAUAAAGAGCUUUUUCUGUUGAAAAUUCUUGUGAAUAUAUGCUUAAAUCCCUGAAUUCUUUAUAGAUAUGGACGUAAAACAGUCUCGAUUCUUCGUUAACAGCAACAACAACAAAAAAAAAAUGCAGUUAGCAGUUAUCUUACGUAAAUAUUGCCAACUAUGAGGCUAGUCACCAGUGUUGUAAAUAAUGGCGUUAGAGUAAAACGGUGUUACUAACAGCGUUAUUUUUUUCAGUAUUUUUUUUUUCCAGUCAUUACUUUUCUCGUUACCGUUACUGAGGAUGUAAAAGGGAGUUGUGACGCCGUUGCAAACGCGAUGUUAGGUGGCUCCAAUAAUACCUGACUGUAGCCGACAGCCGCUACAAACCACACCCAGCUGAUGCUACGGUAGAUACCACAUACAUAUAGAACUAGAUGCGAAAUGAUGGACUCGCAAUGACAUUCAAUGAUGGUUGGUUAACAGCUGCCAUCUUAAAGCAGUAGACCUCUCAGGAAGGCUUUGUUGUAGAGAAACUUUCUAGCGAACCAAAGUAACUAUUUAUCUAAAAUACUCCUAAAUCAUCAAAAUCUUGACUUUAAUCAGUCUUUCAAUGAUGAAAUAGUUUUUAAAAUUUCACAUGUCGAAAGUAGACAGAAGGGAACUAAUGCAAUAACGGGAGCAAUUUUAGCAACUUUAACGGUUGAUUCACAACAUUAAAUGACUUCCAAACAUAGCAAGGUUUUCGAUCUAGUUAUCGCAGUAUCCACAAUACUCCUGUGUCUAGUUAAGUUUAGGGUAAAGAAUUGGGCUAGGGCCAACUGUCCCAAAAACUCUUUGAACUUCACGUUGUGUGACCUAUGUUUUUUUGUUUUUGUUUUUUAAUGAAAAAAAAACAUGAAAAGUAAUACCAGUUAGUCUGCGAAGUAACUACUCUUACAUUCAGGUACUGAAUAAGUAACGCAAUUACUUUUUGGGAGAGGUAAUUUGUAACUGUAAUUUAUUACUUAUUUAAAGUAAGAUUAACAACACUGCUAUUCAAUAAGGAAGUUAGCAGCAGCCAUACGUAAACGAAGAGCUUUUUCCGUUGAAAAUUCUUGUGAAUAAAUGCUUAAAUCUCCAAAUUCUUUGUAGAUAUGGACGUAAAACAGUCUCGAUUCUUGGUUAAUAGCAAAAAAAAAAAAAAAAAAAAACAUGCUGGUACAAUUCAUUUUAUGUAAAUAAAGCGGAAUAUGAGGCUAAUCAGUAAGGAAUUUAGGGGCUGCCAUAUCUAAACGAGCUUUUUCUGUUGAAAAUUCUUGUGUAUAAAUACUUAAAUCCCUGAAUUCUUUGUAGAUAUGGACGUAAAACAGUCUCGAUUCUUUGUUAAAGGAGCAAAAAGCCAGGCAGUUAGCAUUUAUUUUACGUAAAUAUUGCGAAGUAUGAUGCAGCUAAUUUCUCCCAUUUAUUUUUUUUUCACAACGUUUCAAAAUGCACGCAUGGUACGAAAAAUAAAAUGAUUACCUUGAAUCCUCCAACAAAUCACUCCUGAGACAAUCCUUCCUGUUUGUAUGCGGUACAACUUUCGUACUUUUUCAACCUAAAUCCGGCGUUGGAUCCCUGCAUGUGCUGACUAACCGCGACCGACUGCGAAUAACUGAAGCGGAAUGCAGGACGGCCCCCUACUUGAAGGCGUUGCGCAGUGGCCGACGGAUGUGACCCGUCAAUACAAUUAUGAAGUCUCUUACCAUCUAUUAGUUUUUAUGGCACAGUCCUUCAAUAUGAUAUGUCCUGUAAACCCCUGGUAUGUGCAUCUUAAAAGGAAUUGUUUGUGUGACCUUACGGAAUUCAAAAUAGUUUAGACGAUAUUUAUUUGAGAAGCACUAAGACUGCAAUGAUAAGAAUAGGAUUACUUACGAAAGCAUGUCUGUUUGUAUAUAAUCUAUUUGUAUUUGAAUUUCACUGCUCAUGUAAUUAUUUAUAUGUUGACCGUGAUAUACAGACUGUAAACUGUAUCGUUCCCUCUUUAGUUAUUCACUAAAAUGCCAAAUGCAUGAUGUGUUUUUUUUUUUUCAAAUUAUGCCAUGAAUUUCUGAACAAAACUCAAUUGAGCUUUAUUGCAUUUUGUAGAAGAAGAAAGCAUUUACUUUGCAGUCUGACAGAACUGCAAACUAAUAUUUUUUAAGCUGUAAGCCAUGUUACGUUUGGGGCUGCCCUCUGUCUUCCUCUCUCCUGCUGCAGUCGCUCUCUUUUCCGGUCUCUAACGGGUUGCAUCAAAAGGCCGUGUUUUUCAGCCAACCAGCACUUAAUCUUUGGUGAAAAACCUUCCUCGUGGCAGAGGUUGUUGCCAGGGAACUUUUUCAUGAAGGAUCCUGAGUGAAUUUGAAGCGUUUCAAAGCUUGCAAGCUUUGGUUGGAUGCAAAAACAGGCCUUUUCCCAGUUUCUGGAGCUGAGAAAUCACUGCCUUCCUGGUGUACAACACCUCAUAGCACUUUACGCUGAGAGGGCACUCCCAAACUAUUAUGAAAUACACUGCAAUUGUAACACCAUAAAAUCACUUUGAGUGUUUAUAAGUAUUUAUGUUUUUUUGUGGGGGGUUCUACAUUGUUAGACGGUAACUAACUUAAUCUGAAAAUUGAUUUUAAAAUGUAAGUUGGAACAUUUUGCACAAUCACAUGGUGCCAAACAUGACCUUUCAACAGUUUGCUCUGGCCUGCAUGCUGACAAGUUAUUACAACUGCAAUAGUCUUGCUUUUCUUUAUGUAUUUCUGACAUGUAUUGCAUCUGUGGAUUGAAACUGAGUGAGGCACUUCAAUAGAAUGAAAUGUUAAUGGAGUUCUGUUUAGUAAGGAUAGGAAAUGAUCGACUGUAUUACGUGUGUGUUAUGACCGCUGCUGAGAAUGUCUUUUAUUAAUUAAAUCUCUCUUUUUUAUCAUUA